AGUGUAAUUAAACCUAUUAAAUAAUUUGUCAAUAAAUAAAUAAAACAAGUUACCCAACUUACAAUACCCACUCUCUUGGUAGCAGAUGAUUAGUGGAUGGUGGUGACAAUCAACCGUGCGUAUUAUGAGGGCUUAAACCGAUGUUGAUGAGAUUUUUGCAAUAAGUGGGUACUAGAAGUGAAGCACGCUAGAAAACUUACUUCAACAAAAACUAAAACCCUAAAUCAACCAAAACGUAGCAGUUCCACACAACCCUAGAACGAACCUUCCUUCCUUCCAAUGGCGGGUGAUGUUCUUCUGCCGGAAUUGUUAACGGAAAUCCUCUCCCGCUUACCGGUAAAAUCACUUCUCCGAUUCCGUUCAACUUCAAAAUCACUUAAAUCCAUAAUCGAUUCCCACAACUUCACUAACCUUCACCUCAAAAAUAAUUCCCUCAAUUUCAACCUCAUCCUUCAGCUCAAUACCGAUCUCUACCAACUCGAUCUUCCUAAUCUAACCAAAUCCAUGAUUCCACUCAACCAUCCUUUCAGCACCAACAUUGCUCCUGUCACGCGUAACAGCAACAUGGGUCUUAUCGGUUCAUGCAACGGCCUCAUUGCUAUCUCCUAUGGCCAAAUCGCUUUUAGGGACCCUAACGGCCCCAACGAAAUCACAAUCUGGAACCCUAACACCCGUAAACAUCGUAUUAUCCCUUUCCUACCUCUUGCUAUCCCUAACAUUCUUGAAUCUGACAACAUCCAUCGCUUCUCCUUAUGCGUUCACGGUUUCGGUUUUGAUCCUUUAUCCGGUGAUUACAAACUCCUCAGAAUCGCUUGGAUAGCCGAUCCAAAUGAAAGAUCCUCUUUUGUUCCACAUGUCAGACUCUUCAACUCUAAAACAAACUCUUGGAAAAUAAUUCCUGCUAUGCCCUACGCUCUUGUCUAUGCUCAAAACACGGGGGUUUUGGUUGAGAAUUCUCUUCACUGGAUAAUGACUAAGAAACUUGGUGGAUUACAUCCUUCUUUAAUUGUUGCGUUUAACCUAACACUUGAAAUUUUCAAUGUGGUUCCUCUUCCUGAUGUUGAUAAUAGUAAUAAGAGUUUUGAAAUUGAUGUUGAUGUUUUGGGAGGGUGUCUUUGCAUGACUUUGAAUUAUGAAACUACUGAAAUUGAUGUUUGGGUGAUGAAACAAUAUGGAUAUAGAGAUAGUUGGUGUAAACUUUUUACUAUGGUUAAAUCGUGUUUCCAUUUACCUUUGAAAUCUUUGAGGCCUUUAGGUUAUUUGAGUGAUGGAAAAAAGGUUUUGUUGAGGGUGGAUUUUGAGAAGCUGUUUUUGUAUGAUUUUAGGAGUGCACAAGUUAGUUAUGUUGAAGGAAUUCCUGAUUUCCAUGAUGUUAUGUUUUCUGUUGGAAGUCUUGUACCACCUUCCUUCCCUGUUGAUAAUUCUAGGAAGAAGGAGAAUCGUACAAGCAAGAGCAAGAGAAGUUUUUCUUUCCACAGGGACGACUUCUUGUCCCGAGGAUUUAAAUUGAGGUUGUAAGGGAUAGAAGGAAGGACCUGUGAUGUGCAGCAGCUGAUACAGGAUACUCAAGUUGUUUCUUGUGAUGGAAUUAGUCUGCUUGGUUUGUGCGAUAGGUUGAAUGGAUAAUGAAUGGAGCUGCACUCAUUUUUAUCUCAUUUUGAAUUAUGUCUGAGAUCACACUUACCCCUCAUGUUUGGGGUGUGAAGAAUUUGAUGAUGAAUCAUCCCCCUUUGGCCUUUCUAAAAAGAUCUGCUUUUAUCUUUUACUUCUAGUACUGUUGAGAAAAAUAUGGAAUAGUCCAUAUUUGCCUUUAUGAUAUUUGUAAUUGAAACUCUCUACUUGCUACUUCUGCAUUGAAACUCUACUUGCUACUUUCUGCAAUUAAAUUCAAAGAUCUCACUCUCUACUUGUUGAUUUUGAAA